GUGAGUGUGUGUGUGUGUGUGUGUGUGAGUGUAUGUGUGUGUGUGUCGGUAGGCAGACCUCUUUACUCCUGCUCCUAUUGGGCUACACUGCUGUAGUCUGAUACUCAGGCUAUGUGAAGACAAAUACAAAGAUCAAAUCUCAAAACGACACAAAGUUCCCUUAGUAGGCAGCAGGAACCAUUAUUUCACAUUCUAUCUAGUGCACUUAAAGUAGGGAUCAGGGAGUCGUUUGGUAUUCAGCCACUCGACCACUCAACUUGUGGUCCACGAAGGAAAGGCUUGUUCUCCGCAAGGUUAAGUAUGGCUAUAAACAGCGUCGCUCUCUCGCUCAUGACGAUGAUAAUCAGUCGGAUUGUAGAAAUGUUUGUGAAUUAAACAAAAAGAGGAUAAAGUUCUCUCAGAGUUCUAGCAGCUAGCAAACCGCACCAGUUAGCAUAGACACUUCCUUGAUGCUAUGGUGAGAUUUAGCUAACGCUCGUCAACUUAUAACCCUACAUCAGGGGUCAAAAACUACAAACCGACUAAAGUCUUGCAUCCAAACUACCCUGUCUUUCUCCUUUGGUUACUCAGAGAACCAUUUCACAACGUUGUGGGAACGUUUUAUUUUGGCUAGUAAAGCAACGUUCAUUUAAAAAAAAGUUCUUUUUUUAUUUUAUUUUUUUAAAUAAACAAAUUUCUACUAACUUGCAUUGGGAACUAAAAACAGUUUACAAAACGACUUAAACGUGUAAAAAAAAACGUUUACGUUCAUCGUCUGGUCUGCUGAAAUUUGACGAGACGUUAAAAUCGUCUUCCAAAAUUCAGUACCUCGAAUGUUACGCACUUGUCCUAAUUAGUAUGUGCGAAACCGCUCUAGCUCGCCUUAACUAGUGUCUCGGCUGUGCUCUGCGAGGUGAAUAAAUAAAUAAAUAAAUAAAUAUGCCUGUAGUGUAUUCAAAACUUCCCUCGCAACUGAAGAGGUCUUCAGCAGCCAAGAAAGUGGUGUUCCUUCUCGUCGCCGCGUACGGAGUGAAAAGACUCUACCCGUACGUAUCUGAAAGACUUAAAGGACGUCCAGAUCCUCAGGACGGUAGACUGAACGUGCGUCACACGAACGGAGAGCCGGCGGAGGUCACGGAGAGACGAAAGAGGAAGAGAAACUCACCUGCUCUGAAUCGAGAAUUCCUCUUGCGCUUAAAGCGGCUCCUGAGCAUCCUUUUCCCUCGUUUUUUCUGCAAAGAGCUGGGACUUCUGGGUUUUCACUCACUGGCUCUGAUCUCGCGCACAUUUCUGUCUAUUUACGUCGCCAACUUGGAUGGUAAAAUAGUGAAGACCAUAGUGAAAAAAGACCCCCAGGCUUUUGUGUGGGAGUUAACCAAAUGGCUCCUGAUCGCUAUCCCGGCGACGUUUGUAAACAGCGCUAUCCGUUAUCUGGAAGGCCAGCUAACUCUGGCGUUUCGUACCAGGCUGGUGAGCCAUGCUUACGAGCUUUACUUCAGCAACCAGACCUAUUAUCGCGUCAGCAACAUGGACGGCAGGCUGGCCAACCCGGACCAGUCUCUGACGGAGGACGUAGUGAUGUUCGCCGCCUCUGUGGCCCACCUGUACUCUAACCUGACGAAGCCCUGCCUGGACGUAGUGAUGACCUGCUAUACGCUGAUCAAAACCGCACAGUCUAAAGGUGCAAACACGACUUGGCCUUCGGUGAUCGCCGGCAUCGUGGUGGCGCUCACGGCCAAAAUCCUGCGGGCGUUUUCCCCGCGCUUCGGCAAGCUGGUGGCCGAGGAGGCCAAGAGGAAAGGGGACUUGAGGUACAUGCAUUCACGCAUCAUCGCCAACUCGGAGGAGAUCGCCUUCUACGGGGGUCACAAGGUGGAGAUGUCACAGCUGCAGCGGAGCUACACGGCGCUGCGCUCGCAGAUCAACCUGAUCCUCUUCAAGCGGCUGUGGUACGUCAUGCUCGAACAGUUCCUCAUGAAGUACCUGUGGAGCGCCUCGGGUCUCGUCAUGGUCGCCGUGCCCAUCAUCACCGCUCCAGGGUACUCCUCACACGAUUCAGAGGACUUGAAGCAGACGGUGUUGGGGAUGAAGGAGGAAGAGCUGGUGAGCGAGCGCACCGAGGCCUUUACCACAGCCAGGAACCUUUUAAACGCAGGCGCCGACGCCGUGGAGCGAAUUAUGAGCUCGUACAAGGAGGUGACGGAGCUGGCAGGCUACACGGCGCGUGUGUACGAGAUGUUUAACGUGUUCGAGGAGGUGCGUGUUGGUGUGUAUCGCCGGUCGGCCGAGGACCUUCAGGGCACAGAGAACCCCGGCGGCUCGAGUGAGGUGAAACACGGUAUGAGGUUGGAGGGGCCUUUACACAUCAGAGGUCAAGUCAUCGACGUGGAGCAGGGCAUCAGGUGUGAGAACUUGCCUAUUAUAACUCCCACAGGUGACGUCGUAGCCUCCAGCCUCAACAUCAAGGUGGACGAAGGAAUGCAUCUGUUAAUCACAGGCCCGAACGGCUGCGGUAAGAGCUCGCUGUUUCGGAUCCUGAGCGGCCUGUGGCCCGUGUACAGCGGAGUGCUGUAUAAACCUCCGCCGAAGCACAUGUUCUACAUCCCACAGAGGCCAUACAUGUCCGUGGGCACUCUGCGGGAUCAGGUGAUUUAUCCCGACACGGAUCAGGAGAUGCUGGAACGAGGCUUCACUGAUCAGCAGCUGGAGGGAAUCCUGCGCACCGUCAACCUCCUCUAUAUCCUGGAGAGGGAGGGAGGUUGGGAUGCAGAGAGCGACUGGAAGGACGUUCUGUCCGGAGGAGAGAAGCAGAGAAUGGGAAUGGCUCGGAUGUUCUACCACAAGCCCAAAUACGCUCUCUUGGACGAAUGCACCAGCGCCGUUAGUAUCGACGUGGAGGGAAAAAUCUUUGAAGCUGCUAAGGAUGCCGGGAUCGCGCUUCUGUCGAUCACACACCGACCGUCUCUGUGGAAGUACCACACCCACCUGCUGCAGUUUGAUGGCGAGGGCGGCUGGCGCUUCGAAAGGCUGGACGCAUCCACGCGUGUCUCGCUGCAGGACGAGAAGCUGCGGUUAGAGACCCAGCUCUCAGGGAUCCCCAAGAUGCAGCAGCGUCUGUCUGAACUGUGCAGCAUUCUUGGUGAAAACAGCAGCGUGCUGAGCCCCACGGAGACGGAGGGGGAACGACAGGGGGAGGAGGAGAAAGAGAGGAAGCAGCAGGAGGAGAGGGAGGAGAAAGACGCGCUCCCCGGCGAACAGGGACGAGGCCUUAUGGAGUGAUUCGAUGCCAGGAGACGGAGAGAAUGAUUUCAAAGCCAGCUGUUUAUGUGAACGUGUCUGUGCGUGCGAAUGUGUGUGUGUUUGUGUGCAGAUCCAUAUACAUGGGUGAAGAAUCUCAGAUCAAAAUGAUUAGCUCUGAUGUGGUCUUCAGGGGCUUACCUUAAUUGGGUUUUAGGAACUGCGUUCCUGUUUGUGUGUGUGUGUGUGUGUGCCUGUGUGUGUGUGUGUGUGUGUGUGUGUGUGUGUGUGUGUUAGAUAUGGGAAAAAGCAUGAGGCCGGUGCCAGUUCUUGCAGGUGCAGCAGAUGAUGAAAGCUGCUCAGUCCCAUGUUAUUACAAUUCUCUACCGAAUUUGCACAAACUCUCAGGCUCCUUGUGUGUGUGUGUGUGUGUGUGUGUGUGUGUGUGUGUGUGUGUGUGUGUGUGUGUGUGUGUGUGAGUAAGUGAGAAAAGAUAGAAGGGAGGUGUUUGAGAAAGGCUUGCUGUCAGACCACUGACUGCAGUUGUGUUUUAAUAACAGUCUCACAAUGCUGGUAUAACGUUAGGGAUUACCACUCGGCUCCGUAGGCUUCUUCCCGUGCCGUGUUUUUGUACAAAGGGUAGACGGUAUGAGUUGUAAACCCUGUCAGAAUGAUAACCACCACACAGUUUGACAGAGUGGUUUGUGAAACUAUGAAUCAGGGUUGGGCGAUUACGCUUAGGAAUUUAGUUAUAGCUCGUUUCCCACGUCUAGCCACGGACCCCCAAUCGUACGACGGUCACGUAUCUUAAAGCCUUUUGCUAGCACCCUCGGAGGAGAGCGCUAGCUGUACUGUGCUGAAUUCCCAAGCUAAGAAACUCCCACCAGACAGGGUGUCAUAGCACAGUUCAGUAUCAGAUCAGUCGUCUGUAACCAAGCACUUGGUUUCUCUUUAAUCCGGGUGUACAGAGCACUUAACCUACUCAUGUGGGCGGGGCCAGAAAGGGCGAAGUUUGUCGAUCGGUCGAACGAGCGCUAAUUAGAUGACUCGACAUGGAUUUCUACGGACUACGGAAAGAGCAAAACCGUAACCCAAAAAUAUCACUUUAUUUUUACAUCAUCUGUUGAACGAUUGCGGUUUUUUUUUUUGUUCGUUUGUUUGUUUCACUGACUUAGAAUUUAACAUGAAAGUUAUAAGUAAGUAAUAAAAUGUGAAUGUGGAUGCGCUGUUAUAGAAGGACAAUGAACAACACGUCGUCAUGUGAUGCCUGAAGUUUAUUUUCCUCUAACAGCACGUCCCACGGCGCUCUAUUCCUCUUAAACCGCUUACUUGCCAACAUUUAGAAUUUAUUAACGAACAUCAUCACGUCUACGGUCGGUUCGCUCGGAUCAAACGAGGCGUCCGCCGUAGGAGUAGCCGUUGCCAUAGAUGCGAUAACGUAUUAGAUCGAAGGCAUUAAUCUAAACCUGCGAUUUGUCUUAGACCUGGCAGUACAAUCAGAAAAUUAAUUAAGAAAAUGAAUCAAAACCUUCUGACCAAUCAGGCUUUAGAUAGCUAUAAUAAAUCUCCUAAGGGUUUUAAUGUCCAACUAGCUGUUUUUUUUAUUUUUUUAUUUGUAAUUAAAAAUCAGUCAGUGUUAUAAACGUAUUUAUAACCAUGCUAAAAAACAAAACACAUACAUAUGGUGUCUCACUAUAUCAAAGUUAUGUUGUCAUAUUUCUCAGUCUUACCGUGACCGGUUUAGUGAAUGACUAAAUGAGACGUGGAGACGUGACCCUACGAUAAACGGUCACGUCUACUGCCGAGGUCACUAAGGUCCACUCGGCGUGAGCCGCCCGCGAGGACGUUCUCUAACUUCACUUGUUUUUUUUUUUAUCAUUGCUGUAGGCUUCUGUAGCGAACCGAUUUAAUCCAUCACUUUAGGUGCAUCUCGAGUUUGACUUUUAGUACACGGUCUCUGGACUGCGCUAGAUUCAGCAGACCUUUUUUUUAGACUUUAAAGGUGUUCGUUUAAUCGUAGCGGUGUAAGAACCCGAGCUCUAAUGCAUUCGCACGCGAUCACGUUACAUACGUACGGUAAAUGUCACUCUGAGCCGUUAAUGCCGUCUGAUCUGUCGGAAAUACAUCAUGAGGUUUAAUACAAUCUUGUUCUAACAGCGAAAGUUGUUUAAUCUGAUUACCUCCUUUUGUAUAUUAUUAAAGUGUCCUUUCGAUUUCACUUUUAAAAACAACUUCUUACUUUGUCGAAUUUCAACUCAGUCAAUUGACUGAUAUUCGAUCGUAGCCGAAUAUUAAUCGCUGCUUUAAUAAUGUUUAAAUGCAACCACUAUGUUUAAAAAAAAAAAUUUUUUUUUUUUUUUUAUCGUGCCCCAGACCCCAGAAAUAUGUCCGAUCUUGCACAAACGGCUUCGUAUCACGAAUCGGUGAUACCGUAACAAUCCGACGAUAAUCCAAACGAAUGUUCCAUGUAGAUCAUGUGCUGAUUUUCACAACCAAACUAACAUUUUUUAUUUUUUUUUUUACUUUUAUUUUUUACAAAUGUUAACUUCGGAUAUACUCCGACUGUGUAAUCUCAUUGCUGUCAGUGAUAGAGAUUUAAUUUGCACAUAUUUGCCUGCAUGACUUUAGAUUAUUUUCCUACGUCAAUGGAUCUAAUAAAUUACGUUGUUUAGGAAUCCUCACACUCUGCUUGGAUGCUUUCGCUUUUACUCGUUUGUCCAAGAUGUUUGUUUUUUUUUUUUUACCUCCUCUAGUGCUGGUAUUCUUAUAAAAGGCUUGAUUUGA